CAAACAACCCUAUGGGGGCCCCCCUGGGGCCCCUGGUUUGCUGCUGCUGAGGUUUCUGAUGAAGAAGAUGAUGAGCUAUUUGUGUUUGAAGACCCUCCCGAUUUUGUUUCUCAGCAGCAGCAAGAAGAAUUAGAGCAGCAAGAGCAGCAGCAGCAAAGACGUCAGCUGCAACGGCAGCUGCAGAAGCAGCAUCAGCUGCUGCUGGAGCAGCAGCACAAGCAGCAACUGCAGCAGCAAGGGUUUAGCUUCUCUCAUCGCUCCUUCCCCACACUAGAAGCAGACCCUCGGCCUAACUCUCUUCUUGAGGGUUUUAAAGGAGGCUCUCGUCUACGUUUAGCCGAUAAGGGUUUGGUUGCUGCUGCUGAUGCAUUUCACAGCAGCAGCAGCAGCAUAUCAGAGGUAACGUCGGAGCGGAUUGCUGCGCGUGUUGCUGCUGUUGCUGCAGCAACAAGAGCAGCAGCAGCAGCAGCAGCAGCAGCGGGCCCCACAGGCCUCAGUGGUGGAAGCAAUGAAUUUUUUUCUUCGCUUUUAUCUGUACCUCUAGGGAGCUCGUCUGCUUUAAACAGAGGUGCAGCAGCAGCAGCAGCAGCAAGAGGUUUAGGAGCUCCCGGGGCCUUUGCAGAGCAGCAGCAAACAGAAGAAGAUGAGGAAGAAGAGCAGCAGCAGCAGCAGCAGCAGCAGCAAGUGCCUUUCUCGCUGCCUCCCCUUCCAAUCGCUAGGCUGGAAGCAGCACCGCAGCUGCAGCAGAAUCUGCGAGAGAUGUAUGACUCGCUCUGUAUGUACACCGCAGCAGCAGCAGCUUCUCUCUUACCUGCAACAGCGGCAAACAAAGCCCCUCUACAUCCUGCUGUAAAGCCAGUAUAUGUAGAAGCAGCAGUAGCUGAGGCUGCUGAUAUAAGCAGCAGCAACAGUAACAGCAGCAGCAGCAGCAGCAGCAGCAGCAGCGGCAGCAGCCCGCAGCAGCAGCAGCAGCAGCAGCAGCAGGGUGUUCACGGGUCUCCUGCGUCACAGCCACAGCAGCAGCAGCCUCACCACCAGCACCAGCACCAGCAGCAGCACCAGCAGCACCAGCAGCAGCAGCAGCAACAGCAGCAGCAGCAGCAACAGCAGCAGCAGCAGCAGGGUGUUCCUUUAGUAAUGGAUGUAUGGAAGCGCGUCGGUGCACGCUUCUUGUCAGUUUUAUCUGCUGUGUCUGUAGACGGCUUUCUUUUGUCUUUCUCUGGCCUUCGCCUCCCAACGCUGCGUUCGAGGAACCUCGACUCCCGCAAACUCCCCUUCGCAACGCCUUAUCCAGGGCCUCAUGUUGUAUCGGAUGAGGGGAUCCCUGUAGAGAGAGUAAAUGAAAAUCCAGUUGCCGAUACACCUCAGGAGAGUGUUUCUAAUACAUCUUCUUGUGCAGCAGCAGCAGCAGCUGCUGCUGCUGCUGCUGCUGCUGCUGCUGCAGCAAGAGUAGAUAGAAGGCCCUGGCCACUGCCACCCUUGCUUCUCUCCUCGCGUCCUUCUUCUUUAUUAAUGCUUCGAUUCAUAUUCCGUUCAAAGGCAUUCGAUGCUCAAGUCAACGAACUACUCGUCACCGCUACUAAACAGGCAGUAGGCAAGGCAUCUUGUGUGUAUGCUGAGUUAUUGAUUCGGGAGCACCAGCUGAAUUUCGGGGCUUCUUCUGCUGCGAGUUGUUUACGCGAGGCUUUGUCUCCAGCCUAUCGUUAUAUUCUGUCUCCUCCUAUCUUUUCUAGUUCUCUUAAAGAGCACGAGAGCGAUGAAGAAGCUGGAAGGUUGUCUGUACGGCGGUCUGGUGGAGCAGCAGCAGGAGCAGCAGCAGGAGCAGCAGCAGCAGCAGCAGGUAUAGGAGGAGGAGGAGGUGCUGUUGCUCCUGCUUCUGCUGCUGCUGCUGCUGCUGCUUUAUAUUCUUCAGAUAUAGGAAUAGAAGGAGACAGCGAAGAAGCCCUUCAGAACGAGGGUUUAGAGAUUGCUGCAUCGUUGAUAGCUAGGCAGCAGCAAGACACAGACGAAAAAGAAGAAGCAGAGCCCUUUAGAGUUCUGAGUAAAGCAGGCCGCCUGCUGUCUCUGAUGAGGAGACUCGCUGUUCGUUUCAAUUAUCCACGCAAGCUGAGAAGGAAGCGCCGCCAACAGCAGCAGCAGCAGAAGCAGCAGCAGCAGCAGCAGCAGCAGCUAAACAGCGAACCUCAAGAAGUAGAAAUCGGAUAUAACUUCUUCAAUGGGGGUAUCCCAGUCGAGCCGCUCGUUUUCUUUGGAGAUGACUCCUUAGGGACUCUGUCUUUGAACCUGGGCCUGGCGUUGUUAGCACCCCACAAGACAGCUGCGGUGACAGACAGAGGAGUUGAGUUGCCUGUGUAUACACUUGAAUUUGAUGUAGAAGUAGAGGGUGAUGAGAAUGCUGUUUUAUUGUUUACAGCUUCUCUUCAUAGAGCAGCUGCUGAAGUGUCUUCUUCACAACUACAAGCAGCAGCAGCAGCAGCAGAGGAGACAGCAGGACACAGCAGCACAGAAGGAGGAAGGCUACGAGCUGUAUCUUUAGAUGCAUUUAAACCUCUGCAUGCAGUAGGGAGGUCUUUAAGCCCGUUCAUUGCAGCAGCAGCAGCAGCAGCAGGAUAUCCCUCUCUCUCAAUUGCAGCAGCAACUGCAUGCAACAGAACUCCUGUGCAUGCGCUGACGCAAUCGUGGCUGGUUGGGAUCGUUGAUAGACAGGACGUCUUCAGGGGAUCUACCAAGACAGUGCAGGAAAUUCGCUCAUUCUUGCCGGUCUCGCAUCCUUCGCGAUUAGAGAUGUAUAAAGAUGUUCAUAGCGACUGGUUGAAUAUGUUAGCAGUAGUUGCAAGAAGAGAGGAGCUGCUGCCGACAGCAGCAACAGCAGCAGGGUUGCUGCUGCAUGCAUUAAGACUAAGAGAAGCCCCUACAAGCUAUCCAUUUGCUGCAGCAGCACGAAGUGUACAUCUUGAUGCUGCUGAGUGCCAGCGAAGGUUGCUGCCUAUACAGCUGGGAUUUGCUGCAGAAGGUUUAUUAAUGUCUCUGUCUUGCAGUGAUGGAGACAGUAGCUGUCUCCUGCAGCAAGGAGUGCAGCAGCUGCUGCCGGUGCAGCCGCUGCAGCCCCUGCUGCUGCCCACACAUCAACAUCAUCAUCACCACCACCACCAUCAUCAUCAUCAGCAGCAGCAGCAGCAGCAGCAGCAUGACGCACAUGUACAGCACCAGCAUCAUCAGCAGCAUCAAACGAAGCAGAAACAUUAUCAUCAUCAGCAGCAUCAGCAGCAGCAGCAGCAGCAACAGCAGCAAAAGAAGAAGAAAAGCAAUAAAAAUAGCCUCCCUCUAGGCGCACGAGAGCCUCCUUGGGCAGCAGUUCGAAGUGUUGUGGGGCCCCUGCUGCAGCGAGUAUCUCAAGAUGUAUUAGGAAGAAUAGAAGAAGCAGCAAAUGAGAUAGGCGUAUUCUUUUGUGCUCGUACACCCUUUAUACACUUCAUGGAUGCAGCAAGUGCUCCUGAGUUAGCUGAAUUAACAAUGCAGCUUGUUGGGAAGUUUUAUCUUUUGCGAAGAGAGGUAGAAGCAGCAGUACUUGCAGCAGAAGAAAGGGAUAGAGGAGACUUGAAUGAAGAGGCUGCAGCAGCAAGAAUAAACAUACCCGAUAGCAGCACCAGCAAACACCAUCAGCAUCAAUUCUUCAAGCAGCAGCAACAACAACAGCAGCAGCAGCACCAACAGAAGCAGCAGCAGCAGCAAAAACAACAUACAGCAGUAGAUACUCGCUCUUGGUUAGGGGGAGACAGCUACACCCCAGUAGCUUACAGUAAUAACAGCGAAGGAGACAGAGAAGCUGCUGGUGAGGAGACACGUGAUGAAGCUGCUGCUGCUGCUGCUGCUGCUGCAUCAGCAGCAGCACACAGGGGGGAGAGAGGAACGAGAAUUGAAAAAAUAACAACCAGCAGCAAUAAACAGCAGGGCUCUAACAGCUGGGAACUACCCCUGUCAACUCAAAGGAGACAGCUGCUUAGCAGUUCUUUUCAGAGGCAAAUAGAUGUAGACUCCUGGAGAGGUAGAGCAGGAGACAGAGAAAAUACAAGAAGAAGAAGUCUGCGACCGAGGUUUCGUCAAGACAACAGAUGGCGUGUAAGAUCCCCUGCUGCAGCAGCAGGAGCAGGAGCAGCAAAAGCAGCAGCAGCAGCAGCAGGGGGAGGAGGGUUAAGUGCUCGGGGGGCUCUAGAAGUUGUUGAUGUGCAGCUACAAAUGCAGAGACAGCUGCUAGAGAUAUCUUCAGGUCUUGCAUGCGAUAUAAGAGAAUACGGUGAGAGAAGCAACUUCGUCUUUGCUGCCGAGCAUCUGCUGCAGUCUCUCCCUGAGCUACAGAGACAGAUGGAUCUUGAUAAGGAGUGGAGUCUUAGUUUUGUUGAGCAUGCAGCAACAGCAGCAGCAGGAGACAGCCGUCUUGCAUAUAGAUUAAGACAAACAGAAAGAAGAGAAGCAUUAGGAGAAGUGCUGAGACCAAAAGCAAAGGAGACAGCAGAGUUUGCUCUGUCUCUUAUUGAUGCUGCUGAGUGGUUGCAUGCUCUCAAAGAAGAAGGAAGAACGCCAAGGGCAGCUUUCUCAGGUACAUACACCACAGGAGGGGGGCCCCUACACACUGCAGCAGAUGCAGCAGCAGCAGCAGCAGCAGCAGCAGGGGGUCCACCAUCCGAUGCAGCAGCAGGUGGUGCUGCUGCUGCAUCAGCAGCAUCAGCAGCAUCAGCUGCAACAGCAGCGACAGCAGCAGCAGCAGGAGGAGCAGCAGGAGCAGGAAGCACUCAUAUAGGAGACUCUAUGCUACAUUACUACACCCCACAAGGAGCAGAGCGAAGCCAACCAGUGCAGCUGCUGCAGGGGGUUGAUGAUACACCUGAAGAAGAAGAAACGCUGCAUGAUGCUGAAAGCUGCUCUCUUCAAAAGCCUUUGGAGCACUUAGGAAUAUAUCUUUCUUCUUCAUUAUCACCUAAAGAUAGAUUGUCUUCUUCAAUUUUACCCCCUCAGACUCCUGUUGCUGCAGGGCUAGAAGCGUCUAGCAGCAAGGGAGGCAGCAGCAGCACAGGGACGCCGAGCAGCAGCAGCAGCAGCAGGAGUGGCCGGCACAGCAGCAGCAGCAGCAGCAGCAGUAAUAGUAGAGGGAAUAGUAGCGGGGAUGAACAAGAGGGUUUAGAAGAUACAAGAAGAAUAGCUUUGUAUGCGAGGGAAUUAAAACUCUUCUCUUCGGAGAGGCUUUCUUCUUACAAGAUAUGCUGCAAUUAG